CAAAAUUUCUCCUUUACAUAUAAUAUAAUACUUGAAUAUGGAAGCUCGAUAACUUCCACAAUGUUCUAUUAUUGUGUCUGCAACGAAUGAACUGAGCAAACAAAAAUUGGAGAAGAAGAAAAGAGAAGAUGAAUCCCAACACAGACAAACUAAUAAGACGCACAACUAUGAUUGGAACUGUUGUUGCUGCUUAUUUUCUAUUAACCGCUGAUUAUGGUCCUCAACCCAAUGUCCUUGAUCCUAUCAAGAACAAAAUAAAAUCAGCAGAACGUUCAGCAAAGGAGUUCAUAUUUGGAACAAAAAAGGGACAGGAUGAAAUCGAUGCUGGAAAAAGAGGCUCAAGCAAUGCCAAGUGAAAUAUGUAGUCUGUACAAAUUUUACCGUGUUAGGAUGGCGCUCAUGUUUCCUGCUUACGAUUAAUUACGAUAUAGAGGUUAGAGAAACUCCUGUCAUUAUCAACUGAUAGAAAUUAGAAGCAAAAGAAACCUGCUCAAGAAUUAGAAGACUUGUUAAUAACUCUUGCUAGUCUUUCAUAGUUUCAUGUAUGCAUUUGGACUUUGUGUUAUCUUAUUAUCAGUCAGUUAGAGUUCA